AUGUCAACUUUGCCGGUACCGACCCUUCAACUUAUCCAGAAUCAGCUUGUUCGUUAUAUAUCAUUGACACUGCUCAUCAUUGGAACAAUAGGUAACAUUCUUAAUUGUCUUGUUUUUACCCGUCGUUCACUUCGACGCAAUUCUUGUUCAGUUUAUUUUUUUGCAACGAGUAUCGCUAACUUAAUAGCACUCUAUUUUGGUUGUCUGACACGUUUAUUAAUCACUUUUGGUAUCUAUUCAACGUCAUCUCAAUCACCUAUCUAUUGCAAAACUCGAACCUUUUUUACCUAUAUGCCUCUAUCGGCAUCCACAUGGUUUAUAGUAGCAGCAUGUGCUGAUCGAUAUGCAUCAAGUUCAUCAAGUGUUAGAAUACGUUCAUUUAGUCAAAUCAAAGUUUCUCAGCGGAUCAUUUGUGGUAUUCUCUUUUUGGUAUGCUUCAUUUGGACUCAAAUGUUCGUUUGUUUUAAUGGAAAUUCUGAAGGUGUCAAUUGUUAUCCAACCACACCAUUUUGUAAUACUUUCAAUAAUUUUAAUCUACUUAUUUCUUACAGUCUUCUUCCACCAGUAUGCAUGUUUAUUCUUGGUUGGAUGACUAUUCGGCAUGUACGUCAUCGACCGAUUCAUCAUCCAUCGAAUUUAAAAGAUCGUCAACUGACUAUUAUGCUUAUUGUUCAAGUUUUGGGUGUCGCAUUUUUAUCAUUACCAAUUUCUAUUCAAAAAAUUUAUGCAGAAUUUACUAUUAAUCAAAUGAAAAGUUCAGAACGUAUUCAAAUAGAAAAUUUUCUUGCUACAAUUGUUGUUCUUGUUGCUUUGACCAAUACUUCUACAUCCUUUUACAUGUUUACACUAACAAGUCAAGUAUUUCGAAAAGAAUUAAAGCCUCUAUUAUUUUUCUCGAGUCGACGACGAGCAGGUGUUGAACCGAAUCAAACAAUAUUACGAACGAUGGAAAAAAAUAUUAGUAAUUUCCACCAACAGGAAGCAAAAACUAUAGAUUUAAAAAAAAACUGA